CCGUGUCACAAACGGAAGUGAUUCUUCGUGCUUUUGUGUGCCCGAAAGGCGCUGAGCGGAAACCUGUGUCCGUUACUUAGACUACAGAAACUUCAGGGAUCCACAGAGUUUCUCCUCAGGCUACCAGGAGUCUCCGGGCGUCUCCGUUUCAGCUCGGGACCGGCUGCGCGUCUUAUUGCCGUCAUUUUGUCGCUGUGAGCUGUUAGCUGUUAGCCGGUGUUGUCUGUCAUGGCGGCUGGAGGCGGCGCGGCUCCUGCGAGCGUCGGUGAUGUUGAGGAGGACGCUUCACAGCUGCUGUUUCCUAAAGAGUUCGAGAACGCGGAGACUCUGCUGAACUCCGAGGUCCACAUGCUGCUGGAACACCGGAAGCAGCAGAACGAGAGCGCGGAGGACGAACAGGAACUGUCCGAAGUCUUCAUGAAGACCCUGAACUACACAGCUCGAUUCAGCCGCUUUAAGAACCGAGAGACCAUCACCGCCGUGCGCAGUCUCCUACUGCAGAAGAAGCUCCACAAGUUCGAGUUGGCCAGUUUAGCAAAUCUGUGUCCUGAAGCUGCCGAAGAGGCCAAAGCCCUGAUCCCCAGUUUGGAGGGGCGGUUUGAAGACGAGGAGCUGCAGCAAAUACUGGACGACAUUCAGACCAAGAGAAGCUUCCAGUACUGAGACCGGGACCGGGACUGCAGCCCGGUUCUCCUGCCGGAUCAUCAGGUCCCUGUCCUCCCUGCAGCGCUUCAUUGUUUAUGAACUGAACUGAUUGAUCCUGAUCCCUCUGGCUGGUCAUGUGAUCUGAUGACAUCACACAGGUGUCACACAUUCAGGACUGAACGUUUCCUCCUGCCGUCAAAUAAACUUUCUUUUUUACCUUUUUUACACGACUGCUUGUUGUUGUGAUCUGUCUUUACCCCCCCCGCUGCCCUCCAGCUCCGACUGUGUCCCCCUCCAGCGUCCGUUCACCCCCUCAGUAUUUCAAGAAGAAAUCUCGGAGUAAAGGUGCAGUGUGGGGGGUUUAUGGGGGUCUGUUGGCAGGAAUAAAGGGUUGUCAUCAUGUUUCUGUUACCUGAGUAUUAAUAUGUACAGAGGAAGCACCAUGUUCCUGCAGAGCAGACAAACCACACACCGUCUCCAGAGGAGGACGUUAGACCUGAAGGUGUUCGCUCAGCUACAGUCUGCAGUGUCACCACUAGAUGCCGCUAAAUCCUUCACACUGCUGUAACAAGCCGCUUCUCCAACCUCUAGGCCACGGCCUUUUUUACACAAAACUACAUUUUAAAGAUUUACGUCUUCAGAAGGAACCAAUGAGCUCAAAGCUGAGCCACAGACAGGAAGUCAGUGUUAAGAGACGGACACACGUGUUGGUCUGAGUCUAAAUAUGAGAUCUGUUGGUAAUAAGGAAACUGCAGAAUUAAAUAAUUUAUUUAAAA